AUGGCGCCGGGCCUCGUGGAUUUAUCUGCCCCAGCUGUCGGCGCAAAGAAAAUCUCCAAUUUGAUCCAGCUAACGCAGGAUUACCACGAUACGAUUCGCUUCUAUCUGAAUGGAACCAAGGUAUUGCUCGACGACGUCGAUCCGGAGCUGACUCUGCUGGAAUACCUCCGUGGAAUUGGCUUGACCGGCACAAAGUUGGGCUGUGCUGAGGGUGGUUGUGGUGCUUGCACCGUGGUGGUCUCACACAUCAAUCCAACCACAAAGAAGCUCUACCAUGCUUCUGUUAAUGCCUGCCUCGCGCCUGUUGUCAGUGUUGACGGGAAACAUGUCAUCACCGUUGAAGGGAUUGGCGAUGUGAAGAAUCCGCAUCCAGCUCAGCAAAGACUCGCUGUCGGGAAUGGAAGCCAGUGCGGUUUCUGUACCCCGGGAAUCGUGAUGAGUCUGUACGCUCUUCUACGCAAUAAUGACAGCGAGCCUUCUCCGCAUGAAGUUGAGGAAGCAUUCGAUGGAAAUCUCUGUCGUUGCACUGGCUACCGGCCCAUUCUAGACGUUGCUCACAGCUUCUCGAGUUCGACUGGCUGCAUGAAUGCCAAGGCGAAUGGGGGUACGGGAUGUUGCAUGGAGAAACAAGAUGGAGCUGGUGGCUGCUGCAAAUCGAAUGAAGCUUCUCAGGAGGCCGAUAUUAAAGCGCCCAUUUUCCCGCGACCAGACUUUAUUCCUUACAACCGUGAGACUGAGUUGAUUUUUCCACCAAGCCUCAGAAAACACGAAUUCAAGGCGCUUGCGAUAGGUAAUAAGAAGAGAUGGUAUCGACCGGUGACAGUGCAGCAGCUUUUGGAAAUCAAAGAUGCCUACCCAUCUGCGAAAAUCAUAGGUGGAAGCACAGAGACACAGAUUGAAGUCAAGUUUAAAGGAUUGUGUUACGACCCGUCUGUUUAUGUAGGCGAUAUUACCGAACUCAAGCAAUACUCUUUCAAGGAUGACCACCUCGACUUGGGAGCAAACGUAUCCUUGACAGACCUGGAACAUAUCUGCGACGAAGCUGUAGAGCGCUAUGGACCAGUUCGCGGACAACCAUUUACAAUUAUCAAAAAGCAGCUGCGCUACUUUGCUGGGAGACAGAUUCGAAACGUCGCAUCGCCUGCCGGUAAUUUAGCUACAGCCUCUCCGAUCUCAGAUUUGAACCCUGUCUUUGUGGCAUCCAACACAGUGUUGGUAGCUAAGUCAUUAACAAAAGAAACCGAAAUUCCGAUGCUGGAUUUCUUCAAGGGUUAUCGCACAACUGCUCUCCCUGCAGACGCAAUUAUUGCUAGCUUGCGCAUCCCAGUGGCCCAGGAGGGCGAGUUUUUCAGGGCAUACAAGCAAUCAAAGCGAAAGGAUGAUGAUAUCGCUAUUGUCAAUGCUGCUUUGAGGGUCUCAUUGUCAGAAACAAAUGAUGUCCUUAGUGCCAGUUUCGUGUACGGCGGAAUGGCCCCAAUGACCGUGUCGGCGAAGAAUGCUGAACUCUACAUUAUCGGCAAGAAAUUUACAAACCCCGAGACAUUGGAAGGUGUCAUGAACGGCCUGGAAAAGGACUUCGAUCUACGAUUCGGUGUCCCCGGAGGUAUGGCAACGUACAGGAAGACGCUAGCGUUGAGUUUCUUCUAUCGAUUCUAUCACGACGUCUUGUCCAACCUUGAAGUUAAGGAAAGCGAUAUUGAUCAAGAUAUAAUUGACGAGAUUGAAAGAAACAUCUCUUCUGGACACAAGGACCAUAGUGCUUCUGUUGCAUAUCAACAAGAAGUUGUUGGAAAAUCCGGGAACCAUCUCUCGGCUCUCAAGCAGUGUACCGGGGAGGCUCAAUACACGGAUGAUAUCCCUGUGCAAAAGAACGAACUCUAUGGCUGCUUGGUUUUAUCCACCAAAGCUAGGGCCAAGAUUCUAAGCGUGGAUGCUGAGGCCGCCCUUGAUAUACCCGGCGUUUAUGAUUACGUUGACCAUCGCGACUUACCCUCCCCUGCCGCGAACUGGUGGGGUGCUCCUAAAUCUGACGAACAGUUCUUUGCCGUUGAUGAGGUCUUUACAGCCGGGCAGCCCAUAGGAAUGAUCCUUGCCACUUCCGCCAAAAUUGCAGAGGAAGCUUCAAGGGCCGUGAAGGUUGAUUACGAGGAACUCCCGGCUAUUCUUUCGAUAGAAGAGGCGAUCGAAGCAAAGUCAUUUUUUGAACAUUUCCGACAUAUCAAAAAUGGGGACACUGAAGCAGCAUUCAAAGACGCAGAUCAUGUUUUCACCGGCGUGUCAAGAAUGGGUGGACAGGAGCAUUUCUAUUUGGAGACGCAGGCGUGCGUCGUUGUGCCGAAGCCAGAAGAUGGUGAAAUGGAGGUUUUCAGUUGCACACAAAAUCCUACAGAGACGCAAACAUAUGUCGCGCAAGUGACUGGCGUCUCGGCAAACAAAAUUGUCACACGGGUCAAAAGACUGGGAGGAGGUUUCGGUGGAAAGGAGACUCGCUCAAUCCAAUUAGCAGGAAUAUGCGCUGCUGCCGCUCACAAGACGAGGCGGCCGGUACGCUGCAUGCUUAACCGUGAUGAAGACAUUGUUACCUCCGGCCAGCGGCAUCCAUUCCUCUGCCGAUGGAAAGUCGGAGUUACAAAACAAGGCAAAAUUGUUGCUUUUGAUGCCGACGUGUUUGCCAACGCAGGACACACGCAAGAUUUGUCGGGUGCUGUAGUGGAGAGAUCUUUAUCUCACAUUGAUGGUGUUUACAAGAUCCCGAACAUGCAUGUGCGAGGAUGGCUAUGCAAGACCAACACGGUCUCAAAUACUGCCUUCCGAGGCUUCGGUGGUCCCCAGGGAAUGUUCAUGUGCGAGUCAAUGAUAGAAGAGGUUGCUGAUCACCUUGGCAUGUCAUCCGACGAACUACGCACUUUGAACAUGUACAAGCCCGGAGAUAAAACGCACUUCAAUCAAGAACUCAAAGACUUUUUCGUACCACUCAUGUACAAACAAGUCAAGGAAGAGAGCUCGUAUAUAGAGCGAAGGAAAGCCGUUAAUGAAUACAACAAGACACACAAGUGGUCGAAACGGGGGUUAUCCAUUAUCCCAACCAAAUUCGGUAUCUCGUUUACUGCUUUGUUUUUGAACCAGGCCGGUGCUUUGGUACAUAUUUACCACGAUGGCAGUGUCCUAGUUGCGCAUGGAGGCACAGAGAUGGGCCAAGGUCUACACACAAAAAUGUGCAUGAUUGCAGCCCAGGCAUUACAGGUGCCCCUGUCAGAUGUGCAUAUUUCGGAAACUGGCACAAAUACAGUGCCAAACACAUCCUCAACGGCAGCUUCUGCAAGCUCCGAUCUGAAUGGCUAUGCCAUCUACAACGCGUGCGAUCAAAUUAAUAAGCGCCUUCAACCAUAUCGCGAAAAGAUGCCGAAUGCAACAAUGAAAGAGCUCGCUCACGCAGCAUACUUUGAUCGCGUUAAUCUAUCAGCAAACGGUUACUACCGUACACCUGAUAUUGGCUACGUCUGGGGCGAGAACAAGGGUCAGCUUUUCUACUACUUCACGCAAGGCGUGACCGCUGCCGAAGUCCAAAUUGACACAUUGACCGGCGAUUGGACCCCUCUUCGGGCUGAUAUCAAGAUGGACGUUGGCCGCAGUAUCAACCCUGCCAUAGACUAUGGACAGAUCGAAGGCGCAUUCAUUCAGGGUCAGGGUCUUUUCACCACCGAAGAAAGUCUCUGGCACCGCGGCUCCGGUCAGAUCUUCACCAAGGGACCAGGUGCAUAUAAGAUUCCGGGAUUCAGGGAUAUCCCUCAGAUAUUGAACAUCUCGUUGCUCAAGGAUGUGCAAUGGGAAAAUCUACGGACUAUUCAGCGAUCGCGUGGUGUGGGUGAACCGCCAUUGUUUAUGGGCAGUGCAGUGUUUUUCGCUAUUCGUGAUGCACUCAAGGCUGCGAGGGCACAGUGGGGGGUUACUGAGGUUCUGCAACUGCAGAGUCCUGCGACUCCUGAGAGGAUCAGGGUUAGUUGCGCGGAUCCUAUUGUUGAGAGAGCGAGGGUUGUGCCCAAGGAAGGGGAGAAGAGCUUUUUCGUUGCUAUUUAG